UUAAGGGCAACUUAACCUAUAUUUCCAUAAGGAAAACAAUAUAUUUUUGUAUCUUUUAAUACAAAACAAAUUCAGUGCAAUAUUAUUUUUGAUUCUUCAUAAAAUUUACAAUUUUCCAUUUGUUUUAAAAUGGAUAACGUAUCACAACAAUUAGACGAAAUCGAAGCUCUUAAAUCCAUAUUUGGAGAGGAAUGGCAAGUAGAUUCUGAUACUGCAACAUACAGCAUUGAUAUUAGUAAAGAAGUAAAAUUGUUUAUUACUUUAGUACCUGAGUAUCCAUCGAGUUCAUUGCCACGAUAUGAAUUGCUGGCGCCCAAUCUUCAUUUUUCCCAAAAGAAAAAUAUAGAACAAAGAUUUCAAAAUUUAUAUGAAACAGAAGGUGGUGGUCCCCUUAUUUACCAAAUGAUAAUGAUAGUUGAGGAUGUAGUCAAGAAAUCUCAAUCAAAUACAGAACGCAAACCUGUAGAAGAAGAACAAAUAAACGAAGUAAAGGGAAGUAGUUCAAAAUGUAGUAAAAAUUUAAAUGUAGUCCAUGGUUCAACAAUUUUAGAUAGGAAGAGUGUAUUUCAAGGUCAUGUUUGUGAAGUAAAGAGUAAAGAAGAAGUAAAUGCAUUUAUGGAGUUGUUGCUUGAAAACAAGAAGAUUGCUAAUGCAACACAUAAUAUCUCUGCAUAUAGGAUUUUAUUGCCUAAUAAUGUUGUGCUACAGGAUUGCGAUGAUGAUGGAGAAAAUAAAGCAUCAUCUAGAGUUUUAGAAUUACUACAAACAUUAAAACUUAAUAAUGUUAUGGUUGUAAUUUCAAGAUGGUAUGGUGGUAUUCAGCUGGGUCCAGAUAGAUUUAGGCAUAUUAACAAUGCUGCUCGACAAGCACUAGUGGAAGCAGGGUUUGUAAAGUCAUAGCAUAAAUAAUA